CAGUGUAUAGUGUAAAAGAUGUGAUGUCUGCUAUUGUCAAGAGAGAAGAGUUUUUAGUAAAUGCUACUGGUACUAGACGUACAGGAUUGAAGGAGAUCCUAGCUGAUGAAUCAUUAUCAGAUAUUAGUACCCUGUCACUAUUAGGAGGACGUGAUAUUAAGGAAGUGAUUGGACUAACUGAAGAAUUCGAGACACCAUUGACUACAAUAAAGCUAGAUAUUAAAGAUCUUGAUAUUGUCAUUGAAGAGCUAACAAUACUCAAUCAGUUACCUUGCCAUAUAUGGCAUGAUUUUGGUCUUCAGCUAGGACUUUAUCAGCCAACACUAGAAGACAUCAAUGAAGAUAAUAAUGGAGACUCUAAGAAGUGCUUCAGACAGUGUAUGUCUGCCUGGUUAAGAGGAAAAGAUAAAGUAAGAGAGAAAGGAGGUCCCAGUUGGUCAUCAUUAGCUACAGCACUGGAUAAAGAAGGAAAGCAUCACAUUGCCACUAGCAUUAGAGAUAAAUAUUGUCAAUAACUAACUGACAGUAACAUAUCAAGUUUGUAUUUUUUCUUAGGCUAGUGUGUGAUUUAUAUUGUUGUCAUUUCUGUUAUUAUUAUUGUUCAUAAUUUUAAAAUCAUUUUGGAAUAGCUCAAA